ACCAUUGUGGAGGCUGUAUUAUACGACGAAUUUGUUAUAUCUGGAAUUUGUGUUCAAGAGUACCUCAAAUGACCGCUCUUGGUUUAAAAGAUUUAUUCCUUCUUCGGGAUGAUAGAAAUGGCUUGGUCCACAUCCGAAGAAGAAACUUUGGAAAUUUUAUGUUGUUAAUUAUAAUAGUACAACAGAAUGAGUAUGUUGAAUCUCGCCUGUUGAUGAAUUGGAUAACUUCAUGUAUCGAACUAUAUCUGGUACGCUGUAUAACAAAAUGGAUUCCUUCAUAUUUUACUGGUUGCAUGGCCACAAACAGAUCUUUUUCACUGUUGGCUUGGGUUUUCUCAUGCUUUCGUUGGGAGUGACAUUGAAAUCUGAUGAUUUUAGGGGGUGUUUGAGGAACCAGCAGAAAGUGAACUCGUGCUCAUUAGUAAUUUAUGGAGCUUCGUCAAAAACAAUUCAUGCAUGAAACCUGUUUUAAAUUGUUAAGAGAAAAUAUCUUCUACGAACCGUUUCCAAACUAGGACUUGCUACAACAUGGUUC